AUGGCGCCUGUAUGGACUAGACUUGCAACUGCGUUGCUGCUUAUACCCUUUGCUCUAUGCGAGCCGAUACCACGAUCGCGUCUCCCGACACCGGAACCACUGGAUCCCUGCGCAGCGAUAGCAGGUCAGAAAUGGGUCUUGCCUAGUGAAGCAAGAGCAUGUAUCCGCUCGUUCCCAUUGUCUCCCGAGGUUAAAGCAAACGUGAUAGAAGUGGUCAACAAGACCCUUGCAUUCCACACCUCGGUGAACUACCAAGUCCAGGCUCCUCCACCAUACCACAAUGACGUGCACGAGGACUUGCAUGGAGACCUGGACAGGAUAUCCCAGACUGAGUACGACUCGGAGUUUGACUUUCACUUGGACGUGUAUAGAGCGUUUAAACGUGUUAACGAUGGGCAUUGUGGGGUCUACAAUCGGUGCUUUGACUCUUUAUACGUGACAUACCUUCCCCUCCCCCUGUCUCUGUUGACAGAAGAAGACGGGAGACAGAAUGUCUAUAUCUCACCCGAAGCGUUCGCCCUCGCUUCCGCCGAGUUCAAGGAUUCGAUCGAGUUUUGGCAGGAUUCUCUCCCUGGAGAGUUGAAAGGGAAACUGGACUCACUCUCGGGAGCCAAAGUCCUAGAAAUCAAUGGUGAAGAUCCAUUCGCAGCCGUGAACAAGAACGCGGAUGUUACUGGAGGAUACCAGGCCUUUGCGACUCGUCAGAACUCGUUCUUCUCGAGCUACCGCCGCGGUGCUGGAGGAUGGGAAUACAACUUGGGCAACUUUGCGACUCACGUCCAUCCUCUUGUGGACUCCGUUGAACUUACGGUCGUACUUACUAACCAACCCGACACUAACAACAUCACUUUCUCCAUCCCUUACCGUUCUCGAUUCGGUUCGGCCUCCAAGAACUUUACCGACUCUGCCUCUCUACGCGCCAACAACUGCGUGGCCACCAAGUCUACCAACGGUAUCGACCUGUAUGGGCCUACAUCCCCAGACCCCGAAUCCGCUCUCCUCUCCACGUUCGAAGAAUCGUCGCUAGCCACAUUCCAGCAGCAACCAGCUCUGGCACCAUCGGAUCGUCUCGAAAGGCACCCUCUGAACGUCAUCCUUGAUGGGCUACCACUGACGGAUAUCGAGCUUCCGGAGGUGCUGCAGCCUGGAUUGACACCCUUGAAUGAGAGCUAUAGUGUUGCCGAAUUCUUCAUGCUGGAAGACGAAGAUGUGAAGACGGGUGUGUUGGCGCUCGGAAGUUUCUCAGCCAAGAACUUUACGAGGUUUGGAGAGAGUUUGUUGGAAGGGAUGCUAGCGCUUAAGGCGAAGGGAGCUGAGAGGUUAAUCGUCGAUGUGACCAAUAACGAGGGUGGAUAUAUUUGCAUUGCUCACUGGCUACACCGCUUGAUCAUAGGUCCCAAACGAAGCACCGUGCCCCAGGCAGGAUUGGACACAACCCUCCGCGUCGGCCCCCUCGCCCAACUCAUAGCCGACAAGAUCGACAACGGAAGCGACCCUGCCGGUCUCCUCUACUACAACUCUGCCCAAUGGAACAACGAGACGCACCAGCCCUUCCCCACUGACGCAGACACCAGUUGGCUGAACCCGCAUAAAUUGGAGAUUAAUGGGAGGGAGGACGCGUUCAGUCAGAGGCUUGGACAAGAGUGCCAACCCUUCAGAUGGGAAGCACCUCCCGAGGGAUUGUUCGAACCAGAGAAUAUAGUCAUCAUCUCCAACGGCCGGUGCGCGAGCUCCUGCUCCCUCUUCAGUAUCACGAUGUCUAAAGAAGAAGGCGUGCGUACGGUUGUCGUCGGUGGUAAAGCCGAUGUCCAGCAACACUAUUGCGGGAUCGUCGGUGGCCAGUCAACCGAUUUCUCCACCAUUGACACGGAAAUAAAGGUCCGUCAUUCGAUUCCCUGUCUGCAAAAUCUUCUCUCGGGGUUCUGUCUACAUGGCUCAAUCUCUUCUGCAUGCCACUUCCGGGACCCAUUGUCGGGCCCAUGUUUCGUCCUCACCCUCGCCACAUCGUCAUCCGUCGAAGAGCUAAUUGAAUCCCAUUUGCAGUCGACGAAACUAAAAGAUCAUCCACUGGCACCUCCCGAUUUCUUGACGAAUAGCAUCCAAGGUAUUACAUGGAGGCUCGGCUAUGGAAUCGAUGAUCCCACCGAACCUGAAGAGUGGCAAGAUCAUUCCGCGACGAUUAACUUCCCUGUUACAAAGGAUACCGUGAACCGCCCCCAUGCAAUUUGGAAGGCGAUUGCCCGAACCGUGCUCAAUGACAACCAUGCGAAGGCUCUAGUCCCCAGUCCUGCUCCCCAAUUCAUAGCACAGCAACCACUCGAUUACAACAUCUAA